UGAUUACUAUCGCCUGUCUCAUCAUGUCUGCCAAGAUGAAGAUGGAUAACUUCUCGUUUGAUCAGCUUUCGGCAAACCUACUUAAGGACAUGAAUGUGAGGAUAACUCUUCCGAUGAUAAUGAGAGUGCAGCUUCGCGUUCUUGAUGUACUUAACUGGGAAUUGCCACCAGUGACUGCCUUCUGUUUUCUUAAACACUAUUAUCCUUACUUCAAACAAUCCAGUGGUUUUAAACGACGUUGUAUAAAUGAGAUCAUUGUUCAAGCUCAAGGAGGGCACACAUUUCUUCAAUACAAGCCUUAUCAGAUUGCAUUGUCGGCUUUUCUGGCUGCUACCAAAAUUGCAUAUCCGCCAAAGUAUUACAGAAUUGCAAAUCCCUCUAACUUUCACAAAAUUGACGAUCAAGAGCAGCUGAAUGAAUGUUUGAAUCAGAUGAUUGAUCUUUGCAUUAGAACGAACAUUCAGAUUGAGCCUGCUGAAUCAGGAAUUAAAUGCUCCACUUGCAAUAGUCAUAGCAGUACCCCAAGAGGAAACCAAUGACGUCGGAGCAUCAAAGGGAAGGACAGAUACUACUCAGGUGCAGGUGGAGGAGUUAUCUCAUGAUGAGGUAAUAAGCAAGAUUCAGAAAUUUUACAAAGAAGAGAUAUAUAGAAAACAGCGUGAUAUUGAGCAGGCCAAGGCAUUGAUUUCUGAACCAUAUGAUUAUGAAAAAGAUGUACCACAAUCGUAAACAGUAAAUUGUGGCUGCAGUGACUGCAAGUGCAACAUCAGUCAGUUCUGCUCCAGAGAAUCCUAAAUCAUAUCUGGCUUUGGAUCUUGUCCGGUUCAAAAUGUUAUGGUAGUUUCUCGUACAGUUCAAACUAUUGCUACUUUUCUUUUUUUAUGAAUUUCAAAUUUGAUACUUUUCUAAUUGAAUUUUCACGAAUAAAGAAUGGUCUAAGCUACCAACAUAUAUUGAGUCUAGUCUCUAGUGGAAGGGGCCCAACUCCCACACUGUAGCAAAUUAUUUGAAUCUCCGAUAGAGUUC